AUGUCGACGACGGAAGAAACAUCUGCGCAGCUCAUAUAUGGACCUAAUGUGGUUGCCAAUUCUUCUUUGACAACUGUGAAAUUCCUUUCCGCAUGCUUUGCUGGGGCGGCAGCCGGUAUCCUUGGUCUCGAGAAUUGGCUGGGGUUUACCCUGUUCCUCACAUCCACGAUCCUCACCUCCGUUUGCAUCUACACAAUCAACUGUUACGGCAAGCCCGCGAAGUUCAUCCAUGGAGGGAUAGCUGAACUUGUAAACCCUGGUCAAGAUAACGUGUUUACGUUUGUCCUGGUUUGGACCCUAUUUUAUGGUUUGUCUCCUCAGCUCCAUCCGAUAUGCAAAGACAUUGAACAGUCUCUUCUUCUCUUCGGCUUCAGGAAUAAUACAUGGUGA